AAAUAAAUAAAUAAAAAUAAAUAAUGUUUAUUAUUAUUAGGACCAGGGGGACACAUUGGACAUGGGGCACAGACUUUUGCACAACACAAGCUGGUGUGUAUACAUUAAAGUGGUGUGGAUGUGGUUCAGCUGAUGGUGAUUAAUGGUGUAAUGGGGGACAUUUGAGACUCUCAGGGGCUUUAAAACUAUCCCAAGCGCUUCUGGGGCUAUUAAUAAACGCGGGUGUUUGUUUCUCCGCCCCCAGAACAGCGGACAGUAGAAAGAAGGCAGGACAAAAGCUGGAGAUUAAAGCACACGGCACUGACUUUACUGCCUCUAAUCAAACUGUGCUGACUUUACUGCCUCUAAUCACACGGUACUGAUUUUACUGCCUCUAAUCUACAUUCACACCGGAUUAAAGACUGAGCAGGAAGAAGUUGUUCCUCUGAGUCACCAGGUGUUGUUGAGGGGGCAACGUUGAUGUUGUGUUGGUCUCUGGGCUGUAGGGGGUGAUGUUGGUGCUGUGUGUUGUGUUGUUCCUGCUCCUGCCUCCUGCACUAUCUCUGGGCAUCAACUGCUCAGAACACUGCAAAGCAUGUGGAGGACCUAAUAGAGACCAGUGUCUGCAGUGUCUCCCAGGCUUCAUGCUGCAUGACAGUGUGUGUGUGGAUAUUGAUGAGUGCGGGACAGAGUUGGCGAAGUGUCCAGCUAACACCUACUGCCUCAACACACAUUCUUCAUAUACAUGUAGAAGUUGUGACCGAGCGUGUGUGGGCUGCAUGGGCAGUGGUCCUGCUCGCUGUAAGAAAUGUGCUCCAGGCUACAGAUCAGCUGAUCUGAAGUGUUUAGACAUUGACGAGUGCAGUGAGGAGGUGUUGGCCUGCUCUGACAUCAACGCUCUGUGUGUGAACACUGAAGGAUCGUUCCAGUGUCACUGUGCACCAGGUUUUACACGCACAAGAACAGUGUGUGAGAGGAACCAGAUACCUGAAGGACAGGAACGUGGCUUGUUUGAUGAUAUCCAGGACGACGAGGUGGAGGUGCUGAAGCAGAUGUUCUUUGGAGUGAUUCUGUGUGCUCUGGCCACGCUGGCUGCUAAAGGAGAUAUGAUGUUCACCUCUGUGUUCAUCGGUGCCGUAGCGGCCACGCUAGGGUACUGGCUCUCGGACAAGAGCGACCGGCUGCUGGGCAGCUUCCUGAAGGGCAGAUGAAGUGUGUGUGCAGGGCAAGGAACAGGACCAGGACUGACAACAAUAAGAGAACCAUCUGAGACCUAACCUUUUAUCAUAACAAUUUUAGGGGAAAUUAUACUGUACUUCCUUCUCCACAGGACUGGAUCAUUAAGUUUAUUUGGACACUUGUAUGUUUUGUGUGUUCAGUAUUAAUCAGACUGAAGGUGGUUUAUUGUAUGAACGGUUACUGACAAUGAUGUGAUGCUGUGUUAUAAAGUCAGACCUUUAAUCCGGA